UUCCAAGCAACGACAACAAUGGCCGUCACUACCCGCAGCAUGUCGUCCCGUCCUACGCGCGCAACUGCAAAGCCUCUACGAUCCACCACGUGCUCCUGCAUUUGGUGCCUUACAUGGAAACCUCGCAAGAUGUACCGCAGACGCCGCCGCUCCGUGAAGAUGACUUCAAAGCACGAGUCUGCGCCCGCCCUAUUCAUGCCAACUUCAACCAAGAAGCUGUCAAAGGGUCGUGAGCCAGCCGCCCGUCGAGCCAAGUUUCCUUUGGCUUCUAACUCCACACCGGCAACACGUGGCCAAGUCGACGCUGAGGCCAUCAAGUUGUGCGCUGGCCUUGCCCUGUCUUCGCCUUGCGUCGCUACAACGCCUUCUGGGGACUACAUGGACGCGUCGCUCGUGUUGGUGGACCUGGCUCAAAACAUGGACAAGUUUUACAUUCUCCAAGUCAUCCAAGGGAUGGGUUCGCUGUUUGCGCCACCUGUUUACUACUCGUUUACGCGUUGGGGGCGCACUGGAACGCUCGGCCAAACUCAAAUGGAGGGGCCGUUCCCUACCUUGAUCGAAGCCCAAGGCUUGUUCGAGGCAAAAUUCCACGACAAAACGGCCCAAGCGUGGGCCAAUCGCGCUUCGUUCGCCCAACUCGACGGCAAGUAUGACCUGCUUCGCGUCGACUAUGAGGCGGGUGCGAGCGGCCAAUGGGAGUAUUACAUGGACAACUUCGUGGACGGCAAGGCUACGGGGUGGUACCCGUACACUGCGGAAGGCACGACCCAGACGGAGCUGCUGUGGCAGACGCACCAAGCCAACUCUGCGUACAACCGUCGCAUUGUUCAGUCGGGGUUUUAUUCGUAUUGCAUUGACCUGGACGAAAUGACCCAAACUAACAUCUCCACCACCAAACAGCGCCGCAUUCGACGACACCAUUAAGACAAGCGGUAUGAGAAGGCAUGUAGCUAGCAUAUGUGAACUACAGUAGCUAUAUCCCUAACUAGUUAACGUUAUAAAUUACUCGGAGUAGUUAAUGUUUCUAAUGAUCACGGAUGGGAGGUCAUGUGCA